GGAGGCAGGCAGGCGGGCGCGGGGCUCGGGGACUGAGGCGGUAGAGGGAAGCGAGAGCCCGGCAGCCGCUUGGCGCUGUGUUUGCUGCGCGGGCUUUUGGAGGGGCGGCCGUGGAGUCGCCCGAGGAGAAGCGGACACCGGCGGCGUUGGUGCUGGCGCCUGGGGGCGGGGGACUGGGGAGGCGAGAAGGGGGGUCGCUGCGGUGCUUCUCUCGCUGUCGCGCUCUCCUUGCCUUUCUCCCGGCUCGGUGGGCUCCUCCCGGCGUCUCCCUUGCCUCCGGGGCCCCGAUCCCCGCCCCCCGCGGUAUGUCUUGAUCCCGAGCAGCGGGUUUCAUGGGGCUCCUCAGGAUUAUGAUGCCGCCCAAGUUGCAGCUGCUGGCGGUGGUGGCCUUCGCAGUGGCAAUGCUCUUCUUGGAGAACCAGAUCCAGAAACUGGAGGAGUCCCGGUCGAAGCUAGAAAGGGCUAUUGCAAGACAUGAAGUUCGAGAGAUUGAGCAGCGACAUACGAUGGAUGGCCCUCGGCAAGAUGCAGCUUUAGAUGAGGAAGAAGACAUGGUGAUCAUUUAUAACAGAGUCCCCAAAACUGCAAGCACCUCUUUUACCAAUAUUGCCUAUGACCUAUGUGCAAAGAAUAAAUACCAUGUUCUUCACAUCAACACUACCAAAAAUAAUCCAGUAAUGUCACUGCAAGAUCAGGUGCGCUUUGUAAAGAAUAUAACUUCCUGGAAAGAGAUGAAACCAGGGUUUUAUCAUGGGCACAUUUCUUAUUUGGAUUUUGCAAAAUUUGGUGUGAAGAAGAAGCCAAUUUACAUUAAUGUCAUAAGGGAUCCUAUUGAGAGGCUAGUUUCUUACUAUUACUUUCUGAGAUUUGGAGAUGAUUAUAGACCAGGGUUAAGAAGACGAAAACAAGGGGACAAAAAGACCUUUGAUGAAUGUGUAGCUGAGGGCGGCUCAGACUGUGCUCCAGAGAAGCUCUGGCUUCAAAUCCCAUUCUUCUGUGGCCACAGCUCGGAAUGCUGGAAUGUAGGAAGCAGGUGGGCUAUGGAUCAAGCCAAAUAUAACCUAGUUAAUGAGUACUUUCUGGUGGGAGUUACUGAAGAGCUUGAAGAUUUUAUCAUGUUAUUGGAGGCAGCUUUGCCCCGGUUCUUCAGGGGUGCUACAGAGCUCUAUCGUACAGUAGGAAAGAAAUCUCAUCUUAGGAAAACCACAGAGAAGAAACUCCCUACUAAACAAACCAUUGCAAAACUACAGCAAUCUGACAUUUGGAAAAUGGAGAAUGAGUUCUAUGAGUUUGCACUAGAGCAGUUCCAAUUCAUCAGAGCCCAUGCUGUACGAGAAAAAGAUGGAGACCUCUACAUCCUUGCACAGAACUUUUUCUAUGAAAAGAUUUACCCUAAAUCGAACUGAGUACAAGGUGUGGCAGUUAGAUUCUUGAACUACAACUUUGACCCUGUCUUCACCUUAGUUCUCAGCUCCACAACUUGGAUUGCUGAUGGGUGUGUAAGAUAAUUUGUAUUGAACUGAGUUAGGAUACAGACAGUGACGUCAAGGAAGUAGAUUCUGGCAGAUAUGUCAGUGAUCUAGGAAGUUUAAGUUUCAGCCUUUUUUUUUUUUUUUCUGGUUAAAUUUUGGUGGGAGUUAUAACCUCCUGCCUGGACAAAACCUACACAUCACCUAAAAUAAACACAUAGCAGGUCUAAUUGAAGGCUAAAUAAUGAAAUACAAUUUCAGAAAAGGUUCUGAUACUCUGUUUUGGAUAAAGCUUUUUUUUUUUCAACUAACCAUGAAUGAAGAUGAAUCCGUUUGCUACUUCCACCUUCACCUGGAGGUUUGGGUUAUACACCUCUACUGGAUCGUGUUAUUAACUGUUUGGCGGUGUGUACUUUGUUUUUGUGAAUCACGUCCCAUGAAAUUUAUUGAAAUGUUUGAUCACGUUUGCUAAGACUGUAUCUGCUGUAGUUGGAACUGCCCAUAUUUAUGUAGGUCAUUUUAAUUUUCUUAAAAAAAUGAUUAUUAGUUUUAAAAAUCAAUUUAAACCAUUAUUAAUACUGUAAAAAGAAUCAAAGCAGUAUUUCUCAUUCCUGUCUCCCCAGUAUCUAAGAUUGGGGAAACACUUCAAAGAAUGUUGACAUUGCCUGAAGUUUUGGUUAAGGCUUCCACACAUUAAUAUCAAAAAAGUAAGUUUAGUAUUUGUUUCUCCAUGGGUUAUUUGUAAAGGUGUAGACUGAGGUAUUGGUGAGUCCAUAUUAUAACUCCAUUUAGUGAGCUGUGGUAUGGGUAGGAUUUUCCUACUUCUUCUGUACUUUUACUUGUAGACUGUUUUUACUAAGGUGCUUUAUAAUGUGUUUUAAAGCAUUGCAUUUACAAAAAAAAUGGAAAAUGCUGUAAAUAUUGCAUAUUUUAUGUAUUUGGACCAAAAGAUUAUAAGUAAUUAGACAAAAGUGGUUUUGCACCAAUUUUAUUAUGUCAAGUAAAACCAUCAGACCUACUGUUCUUGUAUUUCUCAUUUAACUUUACUGUUAAGACAUCACUGCAAUGAACUUCAAUAACCUUUCAAUUUUGAUACACAGUACAUUAUUCAUAAUUGGGGGCAGUAGUUAUAGUGGAAAGAGUACUGGACGAAGAGUCAGAAAACUUGAUUUCUUGUCCUGGCUCUGCCGCUUACCAGCUGUGUGAUCUUGGGCAAGUCACUUAAUCUCUCUCUGCCUCAGUUUCCUCAUCCUGCAGUGAGGAUGAUGAUACCUGUCCUACCUACCUCACAGGGGUGUUGUGAGGAUUAAAUGAGAUGGCAUGUGAAAGCACUUUGAAAACUGUAAGGCGCUAUAUAAAUGUAAGGUAUUAUGGAAACAUCUUUAACAUAUAGUUUCAUACCAUUCGUUUUUUAACAGAGUCCACCUAUAAGCUGGUUGAAAAGACAGUUAAUCUUGAUAUAAAUUUGUGUUUAAUAAAUAUCUUCUCAGUGUUUUAUCUUCCCUGUUUCAACAACUAUUGAAAUAUUGAAACACCUGUGAACUCUUACAGUUUCCUGAGCAGCUGCUUGAGUUCAGGAGGUUCCCUGUUUGAAAAAAGAUUUCAUUAGCUGACUCAGGGCAAGGGAAAAUUUGCUCUUCAAAUUUGGAAGAUUUUUCUGUUUUUAUUUUACAUUACCGUUCAGAAAGGUAGCUAUUUUAUACCUCUGGUUUUUAAGUUAUACUUUGCAGAGUUUGAUUUCCCUGUGCAUUCGUUACCUUCUUUCCACUUCUUAGAGUAGCAGAGAUAAAGAAUUUUAGAAACAUUUUCUAAAAGGAUAAUCUUUAAUAUGUUUAGUUUAAAUAAAUAUCCCCGAACAAGGCCUCACCAAACUGUGUAAGCAUUUUAGUCAGGUGGCUUUAAAGGUUAUUAAUUGCAUAGAAGGAGGAGGGAGUGCUACUUAUCAAAAGACAUUUAUAGACAAAUUUAAAGAAAAGCUGAAGGAAGUUGACAGAGUCAUUGUAGCACCCUUUCCCCCCAAUAAUAGGACAAUAUUAAGGGAAUAUCAACAGGCAUACUUUUCUUACUUGGCUUUCUUUUUGGUGUAUUUAAUACCUUUUAUAGGUAUUUGUUGAGAAUAUAUGCAAAUGAUUUCCUUGCCCAAAGUAAAGCACCACCUCAGGAUGGGGCAUCUGACAUUUGUCUCCUAAGGAACCCUAGUAUGCAGGUUAUUCUUGGAGUCCAGCUAAAAUCCUCUUGAGGUGCAUCAACUCUUUUAGGUAACUAGAGUAGCACAUAGUGCACUAGAUCUGGGGUCAGUGAACUUUUCCUAUAAAGGUUCAGAGAGUAAAUACUAUUUUAGGCUUUGCACACCAUUGGUCUCCGACACAACUACUCAACUCUGCCAUACUAGUACAAAAGCAGUCAUGGGCAACACAUAAAUGAAUGAGCGUGGCUGUGUCCCAAUAAAACUUUAUCACUGAAACAGCUGACAUGCCAGAUAUGGACCAUGGGUUGUACUUUACAAACCCCUGUAACAGAUUAUUAUUUAUGGAGAAAUCACUUUUGAAUCUGUACUCUAGUGGCCUAAAAGAGUUUAUAUACUUCCAAAAAAAGCUCCUAACUUCUAUCCAAAGAAUAGCUUUCUGAUUCAGGCAGUCUCUCCCACGGUUUCAUAAACUUUUACGACUUCGAUUGCUUCCAGGUGGGCGUGUUUUCUUUCCCAGUUUAACAGUUCAGAACAGGGGCAUUUAUGCUAUCAUCUUUUAGGGUGGGUUAAAAGUAUCCUUCCUGGAGACUGAGGAAGGGUUAGAUUUAAUUCCAUGUGGUCCAGUACAGUUCUAGGAAUCUGACAAGUGCAGAGUCCUUAUAAUACCUAACUUUAUAAUCAAAUAAAUAGAACCACUGAGACGAUAAUGUAUUUUUUUAAAGUGGCAAAUGUGGUUUUCUUCUUUCAGCCCUUGUGCUUUUUCAGUAUUUUGAACAUAGGGAAAAAAAUUUUUUUUUAUAAUACAAAAGCAAAUUAACCACUUUGAAUUUUAAAAGAUAAUGUUAUAUGUGUAUGUGUACGUAUAUAUAUCUAUAUAUGUUUAUUUCCUAAAAGAGGAAAAAGUACCUUUUUGUUCAACUUGUAUCAACUCCUAUUUUCUAAUUGCUGUGAAAUGGCAACUGUUGAUAAAUUAUUGUGACUGUUUUAAAAUGUAAUGGGGAGGAUAUAUUUUGAUUUUACCCAGCUUUAAUCUGUAAAGUAUCACUUAAAUAUAUCUGAUAGCAACACUUAAAAUAUUGCAUGGGGAUUACUUUUCUAUCAUCCGUACGCAUUUGUGCAACUUUGAACAUAUUGGGUGAUUCUGAAUUCCUGAUGAUUGGAUUUAAAUUACUGACAAUCAGAGAAAAACUUACUGAUUUUUAAACUUUGCAUUUUAUUUUUUAUUCUUAAAAUUCAAUUAAUGCCUAUAAUUUGAAGUCCGCUGUGGCUCUUUCUCAAUAUUAUGUCCUAUCAGAGAUUCCUAAAAUUGUUAGUGCCAUCAGUGAUUUACAAACAGUAUUUUGAUAUUGCAGAUGAUUUGCUCAUUGUAUUUGCAUAGUUAGAAAGAAAAUAGUUUGUAGACAAUUAUUCUCUUUUUCUAAUAAAAUGAAAUAAAAAUUCUAAAAGCACUAAAGAAUUUAACUAAAAGCUGGUUCCCAAAUGCAUAGCUGGUAUUUUAAUUUACAUUCAAAUUCUACAUAGAGAACAUCUGUGUAAACCAUCUCUGGGUUUUCCCAUUGAUCAUUCUCAAACACACCUACAGUCCUAGAAUCCUUUAUUAUGAGAAGCACCCGGUAUUGUAACCUUUUAUGAAGUUUGUCUUUAAGAGGCCCAGGUGCUUCUGCUUCAUGAGUUGAAAAUUUGACUCUUCAUAAAUUAGUGCUAUUUGCUUUGAGAGGAAGCAAGGCAAUUGCUGUUAAAUUUUUGCAUCCAUUUACGCUAUGCAAAGCUGCUGGAUGAUGCCAACUAAACUGCUGCUCAGGCAGCCUUCUGAGGGAAAAAGCAACCCUGUUUCAGAUGCAAUGCCAAUUCAGCUCCUCUGGAGUGGAGCUCGCUUUCUGAUUUCCUGGAGUGGGAAUUUUAAAGAAUGAAAUGGGCGAUCAGUUAGAUUUAUUCUAUAGUUUAAGUUCAUGCAGCUUUGUGACAUUUCCAGUACUAUUAUUUAUAAAAGGACCCUGAUGGUGAUGAUCUCUUUAAAACACAUCACUGGUAAGCCUAUGGUUUAGACACACUGGUGCUGUCUGAUUUUUCAGACAGCUUCUUUAGCUUUCUGUUGAGAGUCAGGUGUAUGAGCAUCUCUAAAGCAGUGUCAGAUGUAAUUUUGACAAACAUGGAUUGUCUAUUUUGACUUUUAUUUUAUAAGUACACAGACAGCUGAAGAGUGCCUUUUCUCCUCACAAUCCAUGUUGGAAGAUGCUCACUCCUUCCUCUUCCUCUGCUUUCUCUUCUCUCCCCUUCCCCUGUUCAGUUGAUUCAUUUAUGCAGUACUGUUUCCAACUUGAAACCAUUUUGUCACAUCUGUUGGAGAGAUAAUCACUCCUUUUCCUUAACAUUCUGCCAGCUUUCUGUUGUUGAAGUGUUUCAGAUGAUUACCUGAUGC